CUCGUUAAAAAUGAAGCUGUUGAUGUUCGUCGCGUUUGCUCUGGUAGCUCUUUGUCCUUUGGUGGCUUCACGAGGUGCUACUUCUGCCUCUCAAUGUGGUCCAACGGAGUAUUUCAACGCUUGUGCUUCCUGCUGUGAGCCCACGUGUCACUCGAGGUGCACCACGGCCGUUUGUCCCACGGCCUGUACGUCGGCAUGCCUCUGCAAAACGCCCUACAUCCGAGACUCGAUCGGCAGCACCCGCUGCGUUACAAGGCUGGCCUGCUAAAACCGGGUUUCGUUUGUUGUUAAAAUUAAUAUUUUGA